CUCAUAUUCAAUCGAACGACGACAUUAUCUCAAAUUUAUCGUCUUUAAAUUAAUCCCACUCGCCAUAACCUCACUUUCAUCUGUCAAACUAAUCACUAAUAACCCUCUAUUUUAGAAUAAAUGUCUAGCCCAGGCCAAUUUAUCGAGGAUGCCGUCGAAGCAGCGAAAAAAGCCGUCCAAUUCGACCAACAAGGUCAAAUAGAACCGUCGAUCUAUUACUACGAAUCAGCCUCCACGCUCCUCGAACGAGCCACAACACUCCUCGAAGACGAAAAAGCGCAAACAUUCAAAGCGAAAGCCUCUGAAUACAAAAACCGAGCCGAGGAGUUGCGAAAUUCGCAAAAAACAGAAACGAAGAUCUUGGAAGAAGAUGUCAAUAAACAAAGAGUACAAAAGUGCUAUUUUUUGCUACAACAAGCAAUCGAGGAGGAUGAAGCCGGUGACAAAGAAGACGCCAUCGAGCUUUAUGCUAAAGUCAUCGAGUUCAUCACGCAGUUCCCUGACUUGAUGCAAGGAGAGCUCAAACAGCUCGCCCUUCAAGGCCUGGAGAGAGCUGAGGCCCUAAAAGGUAUUAAACGUGAACCCAAGGUAGAAAAAACCGCCCCGGCUGCCACCACCCCCGUGAGAGUUAAACCCACCCUUCACCGCGGUUCCAGCGCCCACUUGCAAGUCUCAGGCGGCGAUUCGUACACUGAAGAGGAAAAAGCAGUAUUAUUGCACACUUCGAAUAUCAACAGGCGCGAAUACGUGCCCUUUAUGACGGUAGAUCUGUCUGAAAGAUUCCAGUAUUCCAUUCCUUUCACUGAUAAAGACGGCCAUUUAGCGCUGGCUCCUAAGCAGAGGCGAGAAUUUUCCAGUUGGGUUCGGCCACAGGAUUUGUGUGGGGAGCCCUGUAUUGUGGAUGGUCCUGCUCCCAACUACCUCAAUAUCAAGCAGACCGUGAUUUCUGAUUGUUCGUUUGUGGCGAGUUUGGCCGUUAGUGCUAGUUAUGAGAAGAGAUUCGGGCGGAAGUUGGUCACUGCGAUUAUUUAUCCACAAGGGAAGAAUAAGCAGCCUCGGUAUAACCCGUUUGGGAAGUAUAUGAUUAAGUUGCACAUAAAUGGGGUCACUAGGAAGGUUAUAAUCGAUGAUUAUUUGCCCAUUAAUAGAUAUGGGCAGUUAUUGUGUUCGUAUUCGAGCAUUAAAAGGGAGUUUUGGAUCUCGUUGCUGGAGAAGGCGUAUAUGAAGGUUAUGGGGGGAUACGACUUUCCUGGUAGCAACAGCAACAUCGACCUCCACGCCCUUACCGGCUGGAUCCCGGAAAGAACCGCAAUACGAGGCAACGAUCCCGACUUCAACCGCGACGCCCUUUUCUCGACCCUGGAAUCCCGUUUAGCUAAAGGCGACGUCCUGGUGACCGUCGCGACGGGAGAACUCUCAGACGCGGACGCCGAGAGAAGCGGCCUUGUACCAACCCAUGCCUACGCCGUCAUGGACGUCCAGACCAUAGACGGGAUCCGCCUGCUCAAACUAAAAAACCCGUGGUCCCACCUGCGGUGGCGCGGCCGAUUCUCCGAACUCGACGUCAAAAGGUGGACCCCGGACCUGCAAAGACGCCUCAAUUACGACCCCAGCAGCGCCGCCCAGUUCGAUAACGGGGUGUUCUGGAUAGACUACGAGAGCGUGUGUGCGUUUUUUGAUGUUUUUUACAUGAACUGGAACCCGGAGUUGUUUAAAUAUACGUUCUGCAUACACCAAUCGUGGAAUGCAGGAACCGGCCCUGUUAAAGAUUUAUACACCAUAGGAUCCAACCCUCAGUUUUCGUUAGAUGUAAGUCACAACGCCUCAGGGGCUGUUUGGUUAUUGUUGACACGACAUAUCACAGACAUUGAGGACUUUAGAGAUAAUAAGGAGUAUAUAACGCUCCUAGUUUAUAAGAACGGAAAAAAAAUCUACUAUCCUUAUGAUCCGCCACCGUUCAUAGAUGGCGUUAAAAUUAACAGUCCUCACUACUUGGUCAAAAUCAUUCUGGGUCCUGGAAGUAGCAGUAAAUAUACCAUUGUUAUAUCACAGUAUGAAAAAAGCACCACUAUUUAUUACACGCUGAGGGCUUACGCCACUUGCCCUUUUACCUUACGCAAAAUUGGAGACCCUUACAAACACCAGAAGCAAGUGACAGGCGAGUGGCAAGGAGUGACCGCCGGCGGCUGCCCCAACCACCCCCUCACAUUCAAAAACAACCCGAAAUUCCGCUUGGAGCUAGAAGGCGCCACGAAUCAAGUUUUCGUGGAACUGAAAGGGCCUAAACAGUACCAGAUGGGAAUCGAAGCGGCCAUUAUUAAAAUUAAUGACGACACUAUUACGGCACCAUUUAAAUCAAGGUCGUCAGGGGCUUACAGAUCCGGCUAUGUGAUACUAGAACUAGAGAACAUACCAUCAGGAGUGCUGCAGAUCAUCCCGUCCACGUUUCUACCAGCUCAAGAAGGCCCCUUCAUUCUUCUGGCAAAGUCAUCAGCACCACUACACCUCACGAGAAUUUAAAAUGUAUUAACGCUUACGCUGUGAUUAUACACAAUGCCUUUAUUUCUAUGUCCGGUGUUUUUAUUGUGUUUAUACUUGUUGAAGCUUUGAAUAAAUUUUAUAGAAAUUUU